UCACCACACUUCCCCUCACCUCAGCCCUCACCACACUUCCCCUCACCUCAGCCCUCACCACACUUCCCCUCACCUCAGCCCUCAUCACACUUCCCUUCACCACCCUUCCCCUCCAGCCUUCACUACACUUCCCAUUCAACUCAGAUCUUACAACACUUCACCUCACUUUAGCCCUCACUUCACUUCCCCUCACCUUAGCCCUCACUUUCAUUUCCCCUCACCUUAGCCCUCACUUCAUUUCCCCUCACCUCAGCCCUCACCACUCAUAGAAGAAGUGUUACAUGAAGUGGGGUUAAAUAAAGAGGUUAUUUUGAGCAGAUUAGCCAGGUGACAGUGCCAACUUGACCCCCUAUCCUUGACCUCAGGCCCCAGUCAUAGAUAACAUCCUGUCAAAAUGAGAGUAGAAGUGUGACUAGAUUAAAAAAAAAAUUAUCUGAGGACUUAAACUAAGAAGAGAGAAAAUGUCAAAUAAUUUACAUGAACUUUAUUGGAAAUAAAACUGUAGUGACUUUCCUGGUCAAACCACUGGCACAUCCUCAUUAAUGAAUAUAGUAAACUUUAUCAUGGUUAAUUGUAUGUGGUUUUACAAAAAGUACUACACAUACUGAACAUACAAUUGUUCAGUCAUAGACUGGUGGUGGAUUGUGAUAUAUCUAGGCUAGGUCCUAGGAAACAAAGUGAAGCAUAAAUGGAACACUAACAUUUUGUGAUUGUGAAGAAACAAAGCAAAGACGAGUGCAGAUCGUUGCAACACAAUGUAGAAACGUGUAAUACACCGAGAGUCUUAUCUUAUUAUACCAUGGAUCGAAAUGCCAUUGAAAUGUUGAGUGCCUCCCUGAUUCGAGAAUACCUUGCAAAAAAGAGACUGGUGAGGACAUUACAGCAGUUAGAUGAAGAACAAAGUGAGCAGUCUACGUGUGUCCGCAACCGAUUAAAGCUCAUGAAGGCAUUACACAUUGGUCGACUUAUGAAGCGCAACAAGGAACUGGAGUCUCCACUGGACUCCAUGGUAGAGGUCAUCGUUCACUUCUUGCUAGGACACACUCGUACAUCCAAAAGGCAAACAAAAGUCCCACAAAAUGAUCAGUGUGAGGGCAGCGAAAACCAGCUUGUUAAAGCCAUUUGUGUUGACGAUUCUGUUUUUCAAAACAUCUGUGGUGAAACUUUGCCUACUGAUAUUGAAACAAAUGAGACUGUAGCUCAGUAUGGAGAUGACCAUGAAUCAUGCGGUGAUGCUAAGGAAGAGUGCCAGUAUUUCACUACAGCGUGUAAUGCCAAAGAACAAUAUAAUAAAACAGAGCAGGAGCAGUGUUUUGCUUCCGAAUUCUCAAACAAACAAUUCAACAUAUGUACCUGGAUAUCAAAGUGAGUUGAAUACAAAUAUAGCUACUGAUGAUUACAAUGUAAAUGAGAGUGCUAUUAACAUUGCAGGCUUACCACCAUUUGCCAGUAUCUUGCCAAAGGAUGAAAAUUACUCGAACUCUCUGCAGGAUUCGUGUGAGUCUUUGAUGGAAGAAUCAGAAUGUGAAUCAAGUGCUUCGUCUGUUGUUGAUCUUCUCAAGGAUAUGCCAGAUGGCUGUGGGAGUGCUUCUGGUGUUACAACAGAUAUAUUUAGAGUGCCAAACCUGUGUCGAGUCCAGACUCCUUUAGCAACUGAUUCUUACCAAGAAGCCGAUGUGAUAGUUGCAUGGGUAGAGGAAAAUAAGAGUGAAGGAGCAGGAAAAGAUGCAAGUUAUACGAAAUGUAGAACAGGCGAAGAAAUUGAAAAAUGGGCAAAUGAAAGACCUGAAAAGCAUGAAAAAGCUAAUCAACUUAAUAAAACACUCUCAGAAAAAUGGUACCAAGAAAAACCUCCAUCUCAAGGUAUGUUGCUUAUAAUUCUUCGUUGUUUCUGAAUACUACUAAUAAAUAUUAUUGUUAUUGUCAUUAGAAGUUAAUAACUUUGAGGAA